AUGAUCUGGGUUCUUACCCUGAGUUUGGUUUUAGCUGGGGUAGCUUCUGUUAUUUCAACAGGAAACUUCUACAAGGAUUUCCCUCAGAUAUGGUACCCAAGCCAUGUAUAUACUUCGGCUGAUGGCAGUUUGAGAAGCUUAAAGCUCGACCAAGAAUCAGGCUCAGGGUGUUGGACAAAUGAACAGGUCCUUUUUGGGCUGAUAGACAUGCAGAUUAAGCUGGUACCUGGGUACUCGGCAGGCACAGUAGUGACCUUCUAUCUCAUAUCUUCGCAAACAAAUCGUGAUGAAAUAGAUCUUGAAUUCCUUGGCAAUGUCACUGGUCAGCCCUAUGCUCUUCAAACAAAUGUGUAUACAGAUGGGCAUGCUGACAGAGAAGAGAGAGUUUAUCUGUGGUUUGAUCCAACAAAGGACUUUCAUAACUAUUCUGUGCUGUGGAACAUCCACCAAAUUGUAUUCAUGGUGGACUCUCUUCCCAUUAGAACAUACAGAAACCAUGCAGACAAGGGAGUGGCAUUUCCUAUAAAUCAACCAAUGAGCCUUCAUAUCACCCUAUGGAACGGCGACAGCUGGGCGACUAGGGGUGGCCGGGACAAGAUUGACUGGUCAAAGGGCCCCUUCAUGUCUUCAUUCAGGAACUACAAGAUUGAUGCCUGUGUUUGGAGAGGAAAUACAUGGUCUUGUGUCCAAAGUAGCUCUACAAAUUGGUGGAACCAGAACACAUUUAGUAGUCUAACUUCGAAACAGAGAAGUUCUUUCAAUUGGGUAAGAAAAAACUACCUCAUAUAUGACUAUUGCCAAGAUAAUCAGAGGUUUCAGAACAACCUUCCAAAGGAGUGCAAUCUUCCCAAGUAUUGA